CACCGCCAUAAACGAAGACACAACAAGGCUACCAACAAAUUCAGUGUGCUUCUUCAUCACGAAGAUACAUAUUUCCUAAGGAAGCAAAGAGAUCGUAGUCAGAUUCCGCAUACGCGUGUUUUACAAUAAGUAACCUCAGAGGCUCGACAGAGACAUUUCUACAAAUGAUAAUUUGAUUGCAGUUAGUGAUACUUAUUGGAAAAUCUAGCGUUACGAAAUAAAAUUAAGUUGUGCUUUCUAACCCGGUUUAUGUAUGGCAGUUCAAGUUGAACUAAAUAUCAAGAAAAGUCGAAUUGAUUUUUGUAUUUUAAUGUUUCGGCCUCCUGCUAUGCAUUCUACCGAUUCAACAAUAUUUAUACUUGUUUAAAAUUUUCACGCUAACAGCGUGUCAAAUCGUCUAACGAUAAUCGGAUCGGUGGAGUAUAAAUGAAAGCUCAAAUGCGGCAUUUUCUCAAUUCUCGUGCCAAACGACUGGAUUCCUUAUUAUUGAAUCUUCGAACAGCAGCAGCAGAAAAAGAAAUAAUAAUCUACCCUGUGCCAAAAGUUAGUUAUUGGUUUAUCGAGUGAACUACAUUGUUGUGUAUGCUCCAAUGUACUCCGAUUAUUUGAAUAGUGUCUCUAUACAGAUGCACUAUCAGAUAGCUGGUUUAUAUGAUCAUGGAUGUUGAUUGUACAAUAGUUGGUUUAAAACGUUCUAAUAGUGCUCCUAUGAUCAAUAAAAUUAGUGCAACAAUGUCUAUGACAUCACCUACUGCUACUACUCCAAGGGAUGUUCCAUCGAAUUUUAAUAUAUUUUCAAAUUCACCUCGUAUACGACGCUUCAGCACGAGUAGUUCUGGAACCGUUCCUAGAUUAACUCCACGUGUCAGUCAGUUAAGACAAGAAGAAUGUAUCGAUGUCGCUGGUCGUGAAGCAGCACAUGAAAAAGAAAUUCACAGUGCCAUGCAAAUCUCACAGUCUUGGGAGGAUCUCACAAUUGAAGCGGAAGGAUUAUCUUUCAAAGAUUCAGAAUCAACUUCGUUACAAUUUAAAAUAGAAUCACGCCCAAUUGCAAAACGAGUGCUUGAUCCACUUAGUAUCAAUUUAUCUGUAAAUGGCCAAACUACAUAUUCUUCACCAUCACCAACAAGAUCUAAUUUUGGUCAGAGGCAAUGUUAUUCACCUGGUGUUCAUGCAGUUACUUGGAAGAAUAAUUUAUCACCUAGCCCUACCAGGAAAGCUUUUGCUACCAGGCGAAGUUUAAGUCCUAUUGCAAUACGGCCAAGUUGUUUAGCAUCAGUUAAGAGAAAAUUUGAAUUAGAUGACAGUGGAAUGGAUCAUCAAUUACAACCACCAACAAAACGUACCUCUGGUUUAUUAACCUCGGCCACGUCUAGAUUGGAUGUGGCAAUAUCUAGUCUCCAUCCAACUAUUAAUUCGACUGGAACUCCAGAAUCGAGUCUGUCGAGUCUCGAUUCUUCUGGAUUUUCAUUUCGACCUGUGGGUAGCCUAUCUCCUGGUUUAGCUGCCACCUCAAGUUUUAAUGAUGAACCAUCUUCUUCCUCCUCUUCUUCUUCAUCUUCUUCAACUUCUUCCUUGUGUUCAUCGUCUUCUUCCUCAUCUUCUGUCACAGUACCUUCAGAAGGAUUAGGGACUCAAAACAAAACUUUUAUUAAAAGCCGAAAUGAACAGAUUGUACGAGAAAAUCACGGAUAAGGAAUUACGUAUAGAUAAAUAUUUAAGAGUAACAUGUAUCAUUGCAAUGACGAAUUUACUUUCCUCUUACGAAUAGUGAAGAAUGAUCGUUAUAGUGAUCAAUUGUGUGAAUUGAUUGUGCUAUAGGGGCAUUCUUCGAGUUUAAUGCCCAACUAUUUUCUGGUCAUUCCUAUUUAUUAAUUUUCGCGUUGUGAAAAAUUUUAAAAUGUAUAUCAAUUGCAUCAUAAAUAAUCACAGUCUCGCUGAGAUGUUUAUUAAUAUUACAUUAUCAGGUAAAAGUGAUGCGAUGAAAUACAUGUACAAACAUAUACAUACAUAUAACAUGAACGCAGUUCGAAGACCAAAGCGAGCUAUUUAGGAAAUACGCGUGCUUCCUACCUUUAAGACUGAAUUCUGCGUUUUCUAAUACAUCGAAUCCAAACGUUCUUCUUUUCUGUAGAAAGGGUGCGUACAUGUGACAUUACCUAUUUUCAUAACAAGUACGACUCUUUUCUUCAUUAAAUAACCCCGCCAACUCUUUUUGCGCGAUUCCUGUUUUUUCAAAAUAGGGAAAAACAUAUACAUAAUACACGUCGAUUAAUAAAUUCGCGCAUUGAUAGUAUUAUCGAUUCCAUGAAUCUCCAAUCCUGUAUAGUAUGUAAAUAAACUAUCUGUAGUACGUUA